AUGGCAAAUAAACACGCCAUAGGAAUCGAUCUUGGCACCACGUAUUCAUGUGUUGCUAUCUGGGAGGAGCGAAAUUCUCGCGCCGAGAUCAUUCACAACGAUCAAGGAAACAGAACAACCCCUUCUUUUGUUGCUUUCACUGAUUCACAGAGAUUGGUCGGUGAUGCUGCCAAAAAUCAGGCUUCAACCAACCCAACCAACACUGUCUUUGAUGCUAAGAGGUUGAUUGGUAGGAAAUAUAGCGAUCCUGUUAUUGAGAAUGAUUUGAAGCUUUGGCCGUUUAAGGUUGUAGCCGAUGCUGAAGACAAGCCAAAGAUUGUUGUUAACUAUAAAGGCCAAGAAAACGAACUUACUCCUGAAGAGAUUUCAUCUAUGAUCCUCACAAAAAUGAAGGACAUUGCAGGGGCGUUUUUGGAAUCUCCUGUGACUGAUGCUGUUGUUACUGUCCCUGCUUAUUUCAGCCACUCUCAGCGGAAAGCCACAAAAGAUGCCGGAACCAUUGCCGGCCUAAAUGUUAUGAGGAUCAUCAAUGAACCUACAGCUGCGGCUCUUGCCUAUGGCCUUCAAAAGAGGCCUAAUUGCGCUGAAAAGCGCAAUGUAUUUGUUUUUGAUCUUGGCGGUGGCACCCUUGACGUGUCACUCCUUACUAUUAAGGGUGGCACUUACCAGGUUAAGGCCACCGCCGGAGACACUCAUUUAGGAGGAGAAGAUUUUGACAAUAGAAUGGUGAGUUAUCUUGCUAAAGAGUUCAAAAGGAAGCACAAAGAAGACAUGAAUGGGAACUCAAAAGCUUUAAGGAGGUUGAGAAAUGAGUGUGAGAAAGCCAAGAGAAUACUCUCAUAUAACAAUGAAGCCACCAUUGACAUAGAUGCAUUGUUUCAAGGAAUUGACUUCCAUUCAACCAUGACUCGUGCCAGGUUUGAGAAACUCAACGAUGAUCUAUUUGAAAAGUGUAUGGACACAGUUAAGAGGUGUCUUGAUGAUGCCAGAGUCGACAAGAACCAUGUACAUGACAUAGUUCUUGUCGGAGGCUCAUCAAGAAUCCCCAAAGUUCAGAAGCUUCUGCAGAGUUUCUUUCCCGGAAAGGAACUCUGCAAGAGUAUCAACCCCGACGAAGCGGUCGCUUAUGGCGCCGCCGUUCAGGCUUAUAUGAUAAAUAACGGUCAUGGAGGCAAUGAUAGUAAGACUUUGAAGAACUUGGUCUUAAUGGAUGUUACUCCACUUUCGCUCGGAACAUCGAUAAAAGGGGAUCUCAUGAGUGUUUUGAUUCCAAGAAAUACUCCAAUUCCUGCAAAGAAGAAAGGAACAUACUUCACAGAUUCUGAUGACCAACCUACAGUUUGCGUUGAUGUGUAUGAAGGAGAGAGGUUAAGAGCAAGUGAGAACAACAUGCUUGGAUUGUUCUCUUUCGAUGUUCCUCCGGCCCCACGGGGCUUUCCAAUCUAUAUAUGUUUCGAUGUAAACGAAGAUGGGAUCCUGAGUGUGUCUGCGGAGGAAAAACUCACCGGAAAGAAACAAGAGAUUACAAUAAAUAAUGGCACGGGAAGGUUUUCGGCCAAGGAAGUUGCGAAAAUGAUUGAAGAAGCUGAAAUGUUGAAGGAUGAAGAUGAGAAGUACAAAGAGAGAGUUAAAGCAAAGAAUGCUUUGGAUGAAUGUGUGUAUAAAGUGAAGAAAGCUAUCAAGGAUGGGAACUUUUUCUCUAAGGUUUCUGCAAUGGAUAAACAGAGGAUUAUGGCUGCUAUUAGAGAGGCCAGAGAAAUGGUUAAUAAUGAUGGGGUGGAACAAGGGGAAACGUAUCAGUAUAAGAAGUGUUUGAUGGAGUUGCAGAGUGUUACUAAUGAAAUAAUGGGCAAAAUUAACAGUGAUUAUGAAGAAAGUGAUAAUGGGGAUUAA